UCGAGAUGACCGAAGAUAAGGAUUUAGAGGAUCAAGUCAAAAGACAGACAUAAGACGCAGUUUCGUCAGUUGACGCCACUGAAGACGUAAAGGUGGACGCUAUGCGCAGCACCGUGCUUGUGUUUGUGGUCCUGACGGCGCUUGCUUUCCAAGGGGCGCCAGGUGUCCCGGUCCCGGACAGGGGACUCCAGGGACUCCAGGGACUCCAGGGAGACGUUUGCAGUCCCGUGGACUGCUCCAGCGGGCCCCGAAAGCAGCUCGUGCCGGGUAACGUGCACGAGUGCGAGAACGGGGUAUACUGCAAGUGCGGAGACAACAAUGUUCCCUAUCGGAGAAAAUGCUCUAAGCUUGCGUUCCUCAAGAGACGCUUCAAUCCAGAUUCCCAGGACUGCGAGUUCACUUUCGACUGCGAAAAGUGGAUGAGGGACCAUCCACUGACAACGAGAGCACCACCAACCAAGCCGACCACGGUUGCGACACCAAGCACAAAUCCGGCGACUACCACAACCGCACGCACAACUACAAGUUCGACAUCAACAGAGCACACAACAUUGAGCACCGAAGUCCCCACACAAACGCCAUCAACGUCCCCAGCGACCGCCUCUCCUUCGGUUGAGACUACGGUCACUGCGUCUCCUUCGACUGAGCCUACCGUGCCCGCAUCUACUUUGACUGAGACUCCAGUCACUGUACCAUCUUCAACCUCGACCACGAUAACAGCGUCUCCUUCGGCUGAGACUACCGUCACUGCGUCUCCUUCGACAGAGACUCCUGUAACCGAUUCAUCUUCGACUGAAACCCCUUUCAACACGUCUCCUUCGACUGAGACUACCAUGCCCGCAUCUCAAUCGACCGAUACAUCCCCAGCCUCGUCUCCAUCGACUAAGACUUCCCCGAUCGUGUCUUCCUCAACUGGGACACCAGUCACGGCACCCUCUUCAACUGAGACCACAGUAACAACGUCUCCUUCAACUGAGACUACGCUGACUGCGUCCCCUUCGACUGAGACUCCUGUAACCGAUGCCUCUUCGACUGAAACCCCCUUGACCACGUCUCCUUCUACAGCCACGCCUAACUCGACUGAGACUCCCGUAACCGACGCUCCUUCGACUGAAACCCCUUCGGCAGCCACUCCUUCGACUGAGACUCCUGAACCCACAAUGACCUCUACCGAGACUCCAGUCACAGCGUCGCUCUCGACCGCGACUGCCGAUCCCGUAUCUUCUUCGACCGAUGCAUCACUGUGGCCGCCGCAGCCUCCUCCAGAAUGCACCUCUUCAGUGGGUGACAUUAUGUUGCCCUAUCCGCCUGACUGCAAGAAGUACGUCCGCUGCUACAACGGCACGUCGUGGCUGAUGGACUGUGCUCCUGGAACUCUGUUCAGCUACAGGGAGCAGACUUGCGGACACGCUUGGGAUAGUGAUUGUUCAACCGAAACUCAAUAAAUAUAUUAUGAUGAGUAU